AUGUCUGCAAAGACGUCAAAGGUACUCUCGUGGUAUCAGUCCACAGCAGACAAACGCAUUCUCCGAAGGCACAAAAUUGGUCCGCCCGAUGUACAUCCACAAGAGCCGCGUCAAGAAGAGGAUAACCUCAGUAAUGAACGACUCAGAAAAGGCUAUCAGGUGGGAACUACACCGUUCGAACACGAGUCCUUAGUUUUCAAUAGUCGAUCGGCGAAACUCGAUCGCCUUGACGAAGCUCACACGAAAUUCGCAAUUUUGCUUAAUUCCGCAUCAGCUAAGGCGAAAGAGCGUGCUUCAUGGUUCACCGAUCUUGCCAGAGGAAAGGCGCUAUCACAACUGGCGAAAAAGAUCCCAACAAUCAAACGUCGUGAAGAAGGUCUAGAGUAUCUUUGUGACUAUAGGAUACCAUCUUUUCGAGCCUUAUGGUACUUGAAAGUUACUGCGGCACUCACUGGAAGCCCUAAUACAACGAAGCAGAAGAAAUCCAUUAGUGAUCUUUUCUCUGCAGAAUACAAAGAUAUUUUUGUGAAAGCUAUAAAGGAAAUAACUAUUCGUAUGUGGGACGUAAGUGACAUCUCAACGUGUCCUAUCUAUAAAGAACGCUGGAUAUACAUAUCAAACUUAAGUAAGAGCGCAUUUGAGGAUGGUGUGAUAGAGCGACAGGAUUUCCUGAAUGAGUUGUGUGAUAUUUUCUCAGAUUUUUUUGUUCGACGAGUAAAGAACGAAGAAAAAUUGCCACAGCUACGGAUAUAUCUACUGUUUCUCACUCAGUUUCUCCGUCAUAUCAAUAACAAUCUUAUUCUUGCUCGACGUCUUGCUCAUAUGAUUGCAAUGAAACUUCGAUUAUACAAAAUGGAAUACGACGAGCAGAAUAGCACGGUUACCAAAGGUGCGGAGGCAUUCACAGCAUUAGCCCAAUGUUCGGCUCUUCGUCCAGUCUCAACUGCUGACAAGCUCCCAUUUAUAUUGUCUCAGCUAUGUGGAUCACCUUUGGAUCUCCUUCCUUGUGCUGUACACGAAUUGCCGCUGCCACCUGGAAAAGAUUCUGAGAGAUUCGCAGAGCUUCUGAAGCUGCGAACUACAGAAAUUGUCCGCAGAAGUCAGGCUGUGCAAGACAAGUGGUCGUUCAACCAAAAAGAGCAGUUUGUAUUUGACUGUUUUGAAUACUUCGUCAUUCCAGCGAAAUUGGUUAAUAGCUGUCUUGAUGUUAUCGGAAUUCUUGAUUCAUCAGAUGUCCUUGAACCGAAUGUAAUACCCGCAAUAGCUACCCGAAUAUUUAACUUUCGAAGUGAAAACUGGGCAGAAGAUGUGGGACAGUCGUGUUGGUUACUCAUUAUGCUUGUCGAGGAAAACUACAUAUUUAGGUUAAAGCUCAUACUGCAUUGGGCUGUUACAGCUGAGCGCGAAGGUAGUUACAGAGCAGUUAUUGUCACGAAGAUUAUUCACCACCAAGUUUUGAAUCAACAGUCAUUUAUGUUUGGCCCAUUUCAUAUGCAAGACAUCAUUCUCAAUUAUUUCUAUACGGAGGCUCCUACAGUUGGAUCCAAGCAUUACCAUCAAGAAUUUGCCUCCUUGGUCAUAUUAUUUAUCGAACUUUCGCGCCACAAGUUAUUUGAGCAUGAUAGUUUUGUAAGGGAACUUAUAAAGUCUGGUGAAUUGGACUAUCAGCGACCAGUCAUGGACAAAUAUAAAGAGGAGAAUAAGAUUACGGAUGUUAUCUCUUCUUCGCUUAUUUCCGCCCAGGUAGGGAGUUUUAGUUCAGUUCUUUCUCUCUGUUUUUUUUUUUCUGGAGACCCUACAGUACGAUGUGUAACAAGCCGAUUUAAGUUUGAAGACUUGACGCCGGAUGAGCCACCAAAACCAAGCAGUUUGGUCUCCUUUAGACAAGAGGAAAAAGAUGAGCACGUUUAUCUGAAUGAUACAAUGAGCAUGAACGACAGGAUUCUCAUACAAAUGCCACUGCGUCAAAUUGAAGAGCAUCGAAGUGAGGCGAAUCAAAGAGCCUUAGUUUUGUAUGGUAUGAAUAACACUCGGGAGAACCAUAUGUUCGAGCUGAAAAAGAUUGCAAAAGAAAUCUGUAAGAUUUGGCAGAAGAAAAUCUAUGUCCAGUUCUUAGAAGGUAAUGACGUGCCAUUAUUUAAGCAAUCUAUCAACUCGGCAAAGGUUGUGGAGAUUCUGGCAAGAUUUAGGAGUCAAACGUAUUAUGACCAAUUGGUUAUUUGUGGGUGGUGUGCAGAGUCAUUUUCUGAUAUGAUUCGUGACUUCGUGUUUGGAAAUUCUCUUCAAAUGCCAACAUCUGAAGGUUUGGAUAUCAUCUGUGGAAUGUUCGAGUCAGCUCAAUACAUCUAUGGCAUAUUUGAAUUCUGUGAAGCUGUAAGUUUUCUUGAAAAACUUCAGCUUACAAAAGUCAAUGAAAUGAGUCAAACCGUGACUCCUUUAUUGCUUUCCACCGAGAAAGUAAUUCGAUCGUUAGCAGCUGAUGUGAUUCCUGGAACGAUGUCAGGUCAACUUGGUUAUGUCUUUGUUGGAUAUAUCUGCAGACAUUGGCACUACUUUCUGCACUCGGGUCUUGCUCCAACAAUAACUAAUCACAUGUACGAACUGAUUGAACGCAUGAUUCGUGCGCAUGAAUAUCCCAUGACGAGUUGGGGAAGAACGAUUGCUGCUUUCGUGUAUCAUUCCAAGUGUCAGCUGAAAAAGGCCCAGCUCUCUGAUAUUAAAUUGCACGGAGCGCACGACGACUUUCGUCACGUUUUCAAUCAUGGUAGCUCCUCGUAUAAUGGAGGAAGUCGAUACAAUGCUCUCUUCUUUAAGGACGUAUUCGAGAAGAAACUGCGGUUUUUCUCUUAUCAUGAGUACAAGAAGAGACUUCCGUCGUUUGGACAACUGUAUAACCGUUAUUCUUUCGUCGUCAACUCAUUCAUUGCUGCAAAGAACUUUAUGCGCGAUCAUGAUCGCUUAUCGGAUCUCGCUACCUUCUGCGGUCAUAUUUCGGCUCAAAUAGCUGCUCUAGCAGAUGAAUGGGUUUCUGCAAUUAAGGCCCUUUGUUGCACAAGUAUAAGUCAGCACACAGGCUAUGGCGAACUGCUUACACAUAUUGAUAUUAAUGAUUGCUCAACGCACUAUCCUUUGGCGACUUUUGUUAUGUUGCUGGCAGGGAAAUACGCAUUUAGUGUGCCACGUUUGAUAGCUGAACUUUUAAACAACGCAUUUCCUGUGAUUAUGAAGCGUGAACAGAGCGCUUUUAUCGGACGAUAUAGUGUAUCGGAGCACUACGUGGGGAUUGUUCCAAGAAUAAAAUUGCUAUCCAGCUUCAUACCAAGUCGAAUAGUUGACUCGACAAACUAUAGGAGAGAAUACCUCAUGAUUUUGCUUAAAGCGGUCCAAUCCAUCAUUUGCGAAGAGGAUUGGGUAACGAUGAAAAUGUUUCGUAUUGUGGAGACAAACAGAAUGGAAGCGUUUAAUCAUGAUCGUCUUAAACAAAACUGUCUUGGACAGCAGCUGUUACGACUUGGUAUACGCCGUCGAUGUGAGCGCGAUGUUGUGCGCGAGUUGUCAGUUUGCAAUGUGAAUUCUAAGAAAGCUUUAAUCGACAAAUUAUUGUCAAUUUCUCCGGAAGGCGCUCAAAAACAUGCGCAACAGAGCGCCAUCGCAGCUGAUGCGCUUAUGGGAGAAAUCGGAAAAUGUUGCCGUGACUUGUUCACUAAUGCUCACAAGGAAGGUGUACAACUACCGUCAGCAACUCUAGGUCGAGACUUCCGUUUUUGCCACGUUACCAAUUUUUGGCUCAUCGCUUUGUUAGUUCGACUGUGUCCCCAACCAAGUAAUGUGCCAAACCAAUUUCAUCACAUGACGGUAUCUGGUAAGUUCCUUAAAGAAGCAGCAUCUAUGCUCGAUACAGCCAACGACAGUUCUAAGGAGAGAAUACAGCAAAGUUCAUGGUUGCUCUCUCAGCAACCUUUUUUAAACCUUGUAUUAGCAUGUUUGAAAGGCGAGGUUUUCCAACCAAAUAAGGAUAUGCUUGUUUCCUCACUUUAUAAGCAACUUCUUGAUCUCACCAGUAAAACAAAAGAGAAUCCUGCUUUGCCACUCAUGGAAAAGUUUUCCGCUGAGCGUGAGGGAUUACUUCUCCGUUUAUCGCUAGUGGGUGGCAUCUUUAAGCAGAUCUGUCAGCCACAACACAGUGAGGGAUGGUCACACCUUUUCUUCCAAAUGAUGCUGUAUGGUAUGGUUUCACCUGACAAAGAUAGGAUAUUGUAUGAUUCCUGUUACGAUAUGCUGUCUACAUUGAUGCUGUGGACGUUAACGGCUCCUUCAACGGCAACCCAACAAAUAAGUGAGGGUAGUGAACCGAAAUUUCGGUGGCCUUACUAUUCUAUCAUCAUAAAAAGGCUCAAAAAAGAAAUUGCUGAUCAGAGGAUACCACCUGAGCUUCGUGCUUUGCUGCAAUUCUUACCUAUUCCGAAGAAUACUAUAUCUGUAUUUGUAACGGAGCCGUAUGGAUCGUUUACAUCUGUUAAUUUUCAGAAGGCCUCUGGAAACGCUACCCGGACGCCGAGCAUUCCGUCCUCAAUACCAUUAAGUGGCUUACGCCAUGGUCGGUAUGCUUUGCAAGUUGUCGAGAAAGUGAAAACUUCCAGUUACGACUUCAUUCACGCUUACAUUAACGAACAAAGUAGCAAAGGUGGAUGGAAGUGGAGUUGGUUCCAGGCUACGAAGACCGACUUGGUGUUGAGUGUUUCGGUUAAUUUGUCGAAGAGGUCACCUAGAUGCGUUGUGUAUUUUGAGCAGUUUUGUGAUAUAGCCAAACUGUUUCUUGUACAUAGUAUAAAGCUGGAAGAACUGUUACCUCAAAUAGGUAUGCGCCAAGAAGGAUUUCUCGACGCGGGUAAGCUCCUUAAGAUCUUCAUACAACAUAAUGGAUUUCCUGUGUCGAGGAAGUACAAGCAGUGGAGCAGCAGGGCGGGGAGGCAGGAUUUUAGGACAGUCAAUAAAUGGGCUAACGAAUAUGAGCGCGAUGAAGAUGUCGUCACCAAUGCUUCGAAAUUGGAUCGUUUGCCAUGUCCUGUUCAAAGAUGGGUGGCAAAACUUCUGGUUCAUAAGCAUCAACUUGAAUAUCAUCGACCAAAUGCUGUUGGUUUUAAAAAAAAAAUUCGCAAGAAGGUAAUUACUGAAUCAAGUGAUCAUUUUCUAUCAGCUCCAGCUGUUGAAGCCACGGGAGAGGCGCCGCCUCCGCCAUCUACACAGACUCCUGCUACUCCUUCCACAUCCGUUGGAGCAACUGAUGCAAUAACACCAGGAAAUGAUGAAACCAUUACCUCUAGAAAUUCAGCUGUUAGCACACCAACUACAAAUGAUUUACCAGCCGAUGAGAUCACUCCGGAACAAAGCCGAGGCCGUACGACGUUUUUUGAAAUAGUCGCUCGUGUUUUCAAUGUCCUAUGA